ACCCCUCCAGAUCCCCACAUUCAGCAGUUUCCUUCCACACAACACCUGACUGUGCUGCUGCAGGAGGACACGAACUGUCAUGGCGUCCUGCCGCUUUGUCUUGCUGUCUCUGCUGCUCCUCGCUGCGGGACACAAGUGUCUCUCCGUCCAUCCGUUACUUGUCUUUCUCAUCGAUGGUUUCCGUCAUGACUACAUGGACGACCUGCACUCACUCCCUGGCUUCAAGGAGCUUGUUUCCACAGGCGUCAAAGUGGACUACAUGACGCCGGACUUCCCCUCGUUAUCUUAUCCCAACUACUACUCAUUAAUGACUGGCCGUCACUGUGAAGUUCAUCAGAUGAUUGGAAACUACAUGUGGGAUGAAUCCUCUGGGAAAGAGUUUCUGAUUGGCUCCAAUCCUGACAGCAGAUUACCGCUUUGGUGGAAUGGAUCAGAACCAUUAUGGAUUACUUUGCAGAAACUUGGAAAGAAGGUUUUCAUGUACUACUGGCCAGGCUGUGAGGCAGAGAUUCUCGGGGUUCGCCCAACCUUCUGUGAAGAAUAUGUCUACAACCCAUCAAUACAAAACUUAACUUAUUCAAUUGAAAAUGCUCUCAACAUCCUCAGGUCAGGUGGUGCGAGCAUGGCAGCCAUAUAUUAUGAGAAUGUGGAUGUGGAAGGACACCACUUUGGCCCAGACUCUCCUCAGAUCAAAAUAGCGCUACAACAGCUGGACUUGGCCAUGCAGACGCUUAACAACAAAAUCAAAGAGAAGAAUAUGGUGAAUAAAAUCAACAUUGUGAUGUUUUCCGACCAUGGUAUGACAAAAAUUGAUUGGAUGGAGAAAGUCAUCGAGCUGGACAAGUACAUCAACAUGUCCGAUGUUGUCAAGAUGAUGGACAAAGGACCAGUUGUGAGUUUGUGGAUCAAAGGAGAUGAGUUCCAACAGGUACAUGCUGCUUUGUCCAAGGUCCCUAACAUGCAUGUUUAUGCCAGAGAGGACAUCCCUGAACGCUUCCAUUACAGAGGCGGCAAGUUUGUAGCCCCACUGACCCUGGUGGCUGAGCCAGGCUGGUUUAUCAUCCAGAAUAAGGCCAAACUCCCGUACUGGAACAAUGACAGCAGUGUGCAGCCCCUGGCUUGGCAAAAUGGUUGGCAUGGUUACGACAAUGAAUUCCUCGACAUGGGCGGAUUUUUCUUGGCUGCAGGACCUGACUUCAAACAGAAUGUUCGGGCUCCACCUAUCCGAGCAGUGGACGUCUAUAACGUGCUUUGCCGCAUACUGGGAGUGGAACCUCUACCAAAUAACGGGUCCUGGUCUCGGGUGGAGAACCUCCUGAACGGCUGCGGUGGUCCACACGUGCCCAUAACCCAGCUGACCUGCUGGAUGGCUUUGUUAGGCACCCUGCUGGCACUGUGGCAAUGAAAGGUGUCUUAAUGUCUAUAGUGAGAAGUCAGAAACAUCUGGAACACCAAAUCAUGAAUCUUGAGCCGUGCUCUAAUUUCAUUACACUUUAAUUUCCACUGGUAUUUUAUAUACGAUUUUAUAUAUGAUAUCAGAAAAGAUGGCUCUUUUUUUGAUAUGAGCUAAUGACUUAGAGCAGUGGCCCCCAACCUUUUUGUAACUGUGGACCGGUCAACGCUUGAACAUUUGUCCCACGGACCAGGAGGGGGGACAUUAUUUUAUUUUUUUGUUUGUUUUUUUUGUCAUUAAAAAAUACAAUUAUGCAUGCUUACGGACUGUAUCCCUGCAGACUGUAUUGAUAUAUAUUGAUAUAUAAUGUAGGAACCAGAAAUAUUAAUAACAGAAAGAAACAACCCUUUUGUGCGAAUGAGUGUAAAUGAGUGUAAAAGGGGGAGGGAGGUUUUUUGGGUUGGUGCACUAAUUGUAAGUGUAUCUUAGGUUUUUUAUGUUGAUUUAAUAAAAAUAAAAAAUAAAUACAAUUUUUUAUUUUUUAUUUCUUGUGCGGCGGUGGUUGG